CACUACGCCUAUGUGUUUCCCUUUCCACUGUUCAGGUGACAGAUCGACUGACAAUAAAACAACAUAACCUCUAACGUCAAAACAACAAAAACUCGUGAAAAACUCAAACGUGAAAUGAUUAGAGUAUUGAAUGGUAAUAGCAAAAAAUAAUGGAUAACAGUGGUGACACACUUAAAAAAUCAAGCGAAGAUGUGAUUUAUUCACUGCAGGAAAAAGUUAAUAGGCUAUAUUUAUACAGGGAUCAUUAUUUCGAGAACCAUAAAAUUGAGGACGCCAUUCAAAAGAAUAGUGAAAUCGAAAAAAAACUAGCUGAAAUUUUAGGUGACUUUAAGGAGAAUGAGAGUAGUGUGGCAGAAUGUGAUAGGGCUAGGUAUAAUUUUCUUAGAGGCAGACUUUUAAACGUUGUUCCUAAAUAUAGUAAAGAGGCAGAAAACCUUCUGUCAAAGGCUGUCAAACUAGAUCCGAAAUCAGUCGAAGCAUGGAAUGAACUAGGUGAAUGUUUUUGGAAAAAUGAUGAACUGAAGAAAGCGACGAACUGCUUUGAAGGAGCUUUAAAAGAACAAAAAAAUAAAAUAUCAUUAAGGAAUCUCUCCAUGUUGGCGCGGCAAGAAAGUUCAAAAAGCAGAGAUGAUUUAAUUAAAAAUAUAGAAAAGGGCUUAUCUUAUGCAAAGGAAGCUGUUCAAUUAGAUACUCAUGAUGGAUUAUCUUGGGCUGUACUUGGAAACGCACAUUUGUCAUCUUUUUUUGGAAUUCAACAAAACCCUAAAAUACUGAAGCAAUGCUUAAGUGCCUAUUCUCAAGCAGAGAAGGAUAUAGUUGCCAAAAGUACACCAGACUUACAUUAUAAUAAAGGAAUUACUUUGAAGUACGAAGAAGAAUAUGAACUAGCACUAGAAUCCUUUAAUAAAGCUGCCCUAUAUGAUCCAACAUGGGAACAGCCAACGAUGAAAGAAAGGCAGCUUGUAAAGUAUUUAAAUGAGAUUAAUGAAUUAGUUUCAACUUGUGGAAAAAUGAAAGCAAAACGCUUGCAACAAAUUUUACAGUCUAUUGAUUCAAAACAAUUAGGGCCAUAUGGAGGUGGGAGCUAUACUUCAACAACUACCCAACAGACAGUAAAGCUAGAUGAGAUCUCACUAAAUACCUUAAAAUCGGGUUUGAAUGAGGAAAAAGUGGUAUUAGGCAAAGUAGUGUGUACCGUCCAUAAUGAGGAUUCUGUACCAUUUACGUUUUGUUUAGUAGAUAAAGUAGGAACUUGUGUCGUCGUUACCGUUUACAAUUUGGCAGAUGGCAAAGGUGUUAUUAUUGGAAAUUCUGUAGCCAUUCCGGAACCCUAUGUCACAGACGUCAACUUUACCUACAAGGAAAAUAAAUACAAGUUUACAUUGAUUCGGGUGGAGACUCCUUUGGUAAUGGUUGUGAACAGUAAAAAAGUUAGUAGAGAUCUUCAGGCGGGAGUACAGAUGUCCAUUUUUAAAAAGUUUGAUUGACAUGACGCUAACACUUUUUGUUUGUAAUUCAGAAUGAGAACCGAGUGCAAUAUGAUGCGUUCGAAAAAUUAGCGGGUUACUACAUAAAAUUUCAUAACAUAUCUAAAUAAAUUAUUAAACUAUAAUCAGGAGAUACAGACGUGAUUUCGUAUUUUGGUAUGGUACACUCUACACUUCAUUUGGUUUUAAGUGUUUUUCCAUAACAAACAAAGUGCAUCGACUAGGAUCUUGAUUUUUAUUACUUACUUACGUUUUAUUUUAGUUUUUACAAAACUUUACAUAUUUGGUUUGAGUAUUAAAAUAAUUUUUUAUAGUAUAAAAAUAAAUAUGUUGGCUAGAUAUUGUGGAAUGUACGUUGUGAAAUCGCCUCGAAUCGCUAACUAUCCUCAUUCCGAUUGCAAACAAUAAAAACUAGAAUAGAGGACCAAUUAAAUGUAUUGUUUCUAAUACGCAAUAAACUCAUUAGUUAACAGAA